ACACAGAGAGACUUUGAGAGACUAUCCUCAGCACCACUCAGCAACUCCAGAAGACAUGAAGGUCUCCAUAGCUGGCCUCACCUUCCUCCUACUCCUUGCCUCCUUGUCUCUGACCAUCGCUGCCCAACGUGGUAUGGAUGCAUCUCCCUGCUGCCCCAGAUACAACCACAAACCGUUCCCAAGGAGAUUCGUGAAGAGCUUUUUCCACACCAGUUCACACUGCAACCGUCCUGCCGUAGUGUUUGUAUUCAGGAAUGGUAAAUCGGGCUGUGCUGACCCCAAGGCCGAGUGGGUGAUAAAACUGAUGGCAUCCCUUACACCAGAGUGAGAACAACCCACCUAUCUACCAACCAUUUGCAUCCCCGCCUCUAUCCUUCUGGUGCCAACUGCAGAUCUCCUGCCAGGAAGAGCUACCUUUGAGCCGCAGCCUCAUUCCACUUGUGCUCCUGCUGUUUCUCUGAUUCCCACCCACCCAAGGGACACCAUCGCCACCCAGGUUGAGGUCCCUCAGGGCCACCGCUCUCAUCAAGCCAUCCAUUUCCAGAGAAGGGCUCUCUCAGCGAGAAGCGGUCAGAGGAUGAGAAGAUGCCCUUUCUUGGCUAAAUCACAGAAUCGUAGGAUGAUAGGCUUGGAAGGGACUCCAAGGGUUAUCUGGUCCAACCCCUGCGAUGCAGGAAUCACAGCAAAGGAAUCCUCUUCCUUGAAACAACUCUCCGUCUUUUGAAGAGCCUUUGGAAAUAACUCUGUGGCUUUCUGGUAUGGCUGAAAGGCAGGUUCACAAUAUUAGCAGCCAUUAGGAAAUUUACACCCACACACAGAGAGAAAAGUUUCUGAAUGUUCAAAUUCAGUCUUGGUGGUCAGCCUUGCACAUUUGCUGAUCAGUUUCAGUAAAACCAGUCUGUGGACCCAAAGUUUGA